ACAAACUCGUUGGAAUCUAAUUAUCUUGUGUAUUUAAAUGUAACGUGUAUUUAAUAGUUCUUUUAGUGUACACAAUUCAUCCACUGGACAAAGUGAUAGAUCUGUUAGUGCGAUAGAAGAGGAAAAACUGUGGAUCAAAUUGAAUUACAACGCGCCCCAUAAAAUUGUGCACGAGAGUGAAAUUGCCAGGAAUAGAAAACAUAAAGAAAAAAAAACAGUGGAUAAACAACCAAAUUAGACAAAUCAGAACACGAGAAGCUACUCAGAGAAAAAGAGAGAGUCUUUUGUGAAAAAUGACAAAUUUAUGCUUAACAUCAACUGUGCACUUACGAUAUUUGUAGCUAGAAAGAGAUCCUGAGACGGACAGGAAAAGAGCAUUGCAUUUUGGAGUGUCAUCCGCAGAUACAAAGUACCACCCACUGGAUAUACUGUGUCCUAGCAGAUAAAUGGAAAUUUCUCUUCUUAUGAAUUGAGACAUCUUGUGUGUUCAUAUUCACUUUACAUCACCAACCGCAGAAGCAUAAAAUUUUUCGGAACUCAACAGCACACACAGCAAUCAAGGAGCAUUCAGAAAACUGAUGUUUAGUUAACUCACCGGAUAUAUUCUCUACUAUAGACAUAAGUUACUAUACGGAAGGAAAAUACAUGUAGUGGGAAGAGAGACAUAAAAAUAAGAACAAGGAAGACUGAACCCUAUGAAAAGAAAACAAUUAAGAAAUAACACAAUUUUUUGAAAUGUUUCCAAGUCAAUAAGCUAAAAGAGCAAGCCUCUUUGUUAUAAAUAACAAUAAGAAUAGAGCAAUAUUAACUUACAUAUGUGUUUUGCGCAUUAUCUUUCACUGUAUAAAUUGCCAUAGUUGAGGGCACAUAGCAGAGCGUGGCUGGGGUGGUGGAAUUCGGAUGGCGAAAAUGUGGUGUGAGACAGAACGGGAAAAAAUGCUUGAGCAGAUAGAAGAUUUUUCCAUGAUUAAGCAACAAAAACAAGACGAACGGCAUUAUGUACGAAAGCAAUGGUUGAGAGCUGAAUAAUUUUUCAAACUUGGCUCCAACAAACACCAAGACGAGAAGGCGAGCAAGGGGAAUUUUUAUAUAUCUCACAUACAUUGCAUUGAGAAGAAUAAAUAACAGAGUAUUAGAAAGGCGAGGGUGGCGGUGGGUGGUGACAGAGCGCGAAAGGGCGCGCAAGCGGGGGCCCGGGGGUCGCCCGGGACGAGCGAGGCUGAACUGACGAGGCGAGUGAGAUGGGUGGCAUUUCAUAUGGUACAAGGGACUGUUAAAUGGUAAAAGGCGGACGCGGGGGAGUAAUAAUGAAUAACGUAAGUGCGGAUUAUUUAUGGGAGUUUUCAGUAAUCACAAUUGAAAAUGGAUCUGCGAAUGCGAGCAGUGAGAAUGACGAAUACAUCUUCCUCACGGCACUCACCACCGCCAACUGCUGCGUCACGCAGCCCAACUUUGUGGCAUACAUGGACGCCCUGUCCAACGACAGCCUGGGCCUCCUCGUCUUCCUACUUCUCUUCUCCGUCACCACAGUGUUCGGCAACACGCUCGUGAUUCUGGCCGUGGUGCGGGAGCGCUACCUCCACACGGCUACCAACUACUUCGUCACCAGUCUGGCCGUGGCGGACUGCCUCGUGGGCCUGGUGGUGAUGCCAUUCUCCGCCCUCUACGAGGUCUUGGAGAACACAUGGUUCUUCGGCACGGAUUGGUGCGAUAUCUGGCGCUCACUCGACGUGCUGUUCAGCACGGCAUCCAUCCUCAAUCUGUGCGUGAUCAGCCUGGACCGCUACUGGGCCAUCACCGAUCCCUUCACCUAUCCUAUGCGCAUGAGCCGACGCCGGGCAGCUGCCCUCAUCGCUGUCGUGUGGGUGUGCUCGUGCGCCAUCAGCUUUCCCGCUAUCGUGUGGUGGCGCGCUGCCCGCGAGGGCGACAUGCCCCCUUUCAAGUGCACCUUCACCGAACACCUCGGCUACCUCGUUUUCAGCUCCACCAUCUCCUUCUACCUGCCGCUCCUUGUGAUGGUCUUCACUUACUGUCGCAUCUACCGGGCUGCCGUGGUGCAGACGCGCUCCUUGAAGCUGGGCACCAAGCAGGUGCUCAUGGCCUCCGGGAAGCUACAGCUUACGUUGCGCAUCCAUCGCGGGGGUACUACGCGAGAAGGCCUCAAUAUGCACCACCACGCUUCCACGGCUACAUCCACACCUGAGGACCCCGAGGAGGAACCCCUGUCUGCGCUCCAUAACAACGGCAUCGCGCGUCAUCGUCAGAUGGGCAAGAACUUCUCCCUGUCGCGCAAGCUAGCCAAGUUCGCGAAGGAGAAGAAGGCCGCUAAAACGCUGGGAAUCGUCAUGGGUGUCUUCAUUGUGUGCUGGCUACCCUUCUUUGUCGUCAACCUGCUAUCCGGCUUCUGUAUACACUGCAUAGCUCACGAGGAGAUCGUAUCGGCUGUCGUUACAUGGCUCGGCUGGAUCAAUUCCAGCAUGAAUCCCGUCAUCUAUGCAUGCUGGAGUCGAGAUUUCAGAAGAGCAUUCCUCCGGAUACUGUGUGUAUGCUGUCCUCGGAAGCUCCGGCGGAAAUAUCAGCCAAAAAUGAAAUCAAAAUCUCUGAGAACCACAACACGUCGAUGUUACUCAUCUUGUUCCUUACAUGGAAUACAACAUGUCCGUCAGAACUCUUGUGAACAAACAUACAUAUAGUUAAGUCCCCUUGAUACACCUUUUACCUCUUUCAAACAAAAGUAUUUUUCUCUGUUUUAUAUCAAUGAAUAUAUAAGAUAAAUUGUACCGACCAUCAUUGUCAUACUUGAGAGACAGGUGGAAGUUAAUGAGAGAUUUUAAUAGCAAUGGAGGCAAUGGGUAUCUUGUAGAGAGGAGCAAUAACUCUCCCGGACAAACUGAU